AUGUACGGUGAAUGUUCAGUGGUGGGAGGCUUCGGUAAGCCCUGUCCGUUUUAUGAGGAUGCUCCGAGUAUACUUCAAGGAUUAUCACCUGAGGACCGUGCAGAAACUCUAAGGUUGGUGGAGUCGAGAUGUCCAGCUUUGUUAUACGACGAGGAAGGCAACAGAAAGGACGACAAUGACAUCGUGGCCUGCUGCAGCGGCUACCAGCUUAGUAUUUUCGAAGAAAGUCUGGUCGUAGCCGACGGCAUAUUCGGCAGGUGUCCCCGCUGCAUGAGGAAUUUCGUGAGGCAAAUAUGCGAGAUGUACUGCUCGCCGGAGCAGGACCGCUUCGUGGAGGUGGAUGUGGAAACCGACAACUUCGGAGUGGAUUACGUCAAUGAAGUCAAUUACAGAGUAUACGAGGACUACAUGACGAAUGCCUUCAACUCCUGUGCGGGUAUACUCGUCCCCCAAACGGGCUUGCCGGCGGUUAACCUGAUGUGUGGUAAUGCCGCCGCGUGUGAUGCCGAUGCCUGGUUCGGGUUCACGGGCGAUCAAUCUAUCAACCCCCUGGCGCCGUUGCAGAUAAACUUUCUGAGUUGGCCCACACCAGAAGACUCCAUGAGCGCAGAGGCACCGCUCUGUCAUGAAACCGAAGAGGGCGAUAUUCCAUGCAGUUGCAUGGACUGCAUCGCUAAUUGUCCAGCAGGUAACGAGCCUACAUUACCCGAUAUAUGCACGGUGUUUUCCGUAAAUUGCAUUGGCUUCUCUGUUGGAAUACUAGUAUUCGCUAUAACUGUUACAAUUUUCAUGAUCCUCGCUUUACUCGAGUUUAGAAGACGAGGCACCGGAUCAGAUGGAGUCGAAAAGGAAUAUACCUACAAGGUCAAUCCUAUUACUAAGUUAUUUCAAAAAGUUUUCGAAAAAAUUGGCAGGUACGCUGCCGGAAACCCUAUUCUGAUGAUUAUGAUCACGAGCUGGAUCGCGUUUGGUCUUUGCUUGGGGAUACCUAGAGUUUACAUGACGAAUUCCCCGCUUGAACUUUGGUCGGAGCCAUCAUCUCGUUCUAGACAAGAAUUCAAUUAUUUUAACUCACGAUUUGGUCCAUUCUAUCGCGCUUCCCAAGUUUUCCUCACUGUAAAUCUCGACAAUUUUGUUGUGAGUAAUACGACGUAUGGACCAGCGUACAGGCUCGAAGCUAUUGAAGAAUUGAUCAAACUUGAAGACGCUAUUAUAAACAUUAGCAGAGACGAAGACAGUGUUAAAUUAGAAAACGUCUGUUAUGCACCGCUUCGGCCGAUAGGUGCCGAACAAAGAGUAGAAGACUGUAUAACAAUGUCAGUGGGAACCUAUUUCCCAGAUAGAGUCGUUAACAAUGCAACCUACUUGACUCAAAUUCAGAAUUGUUUAAACAAUCAUCUUCUUUUCAAUUGUAUUGCAAGUUGGGGAGGUGGUGCUGAUCCAGAAAUUGUAGUAGGAGGAUAUGAAAAUAAUAUUUUACUAGCAGAUACGCUGCUUUUGAAUUUCCCUAUAAAUAAUGAACUUAAUGAAGACGAUCUUGUGCCGGUAUUAGAAUGGGAAAAGAAAUUUAUCGAUCUGAUGCACGACUACGAAGAAAAUUGGAAAUCAGAUUUUAUGGAUGUAGCUUUCGGUACUGAGAGGUCUAUUGAAGAUGAACUUCAAAGAGUGUCCGAAGCAGAAGCUAUACCGAUUGUUAUCAGUUAUAUGCUUAUGUUUAUUUAUGUAAUUUUUGCUUUAGGAAAUAUAAGGCAAUGUAAGACUUUCCUUAUUGACAGCAAAAUUGUAGUAGGAACAGCAUCAAUAGUAGUUGUUCUUGUAGCUAUCGCUUGUGCCUUAGGUAUUUUAGGAUAUGCUCAAUUUACAAUAACAUUGUUAGCAGUCAAUGUUAUACCAUUUUUCAUAUUAUCAGUAGGUGUAGAUAAUGUAUUUUUAAUGGUUAAUACUUUACACGAGGUAGAAGAUAAUAUUAAAGAGUAUGAUGACUUUGAUAACAGCUUAAACUUUGAAGAAAAGAAGUGUUUUAUAUUUUCUAAAGUAAUGGGUAACAUAGGACCUUCAAUGUUUGUGUCGUCAGUAACUCAAAUUACUUGCUUUGGAAUCGGAAGCUUAGCAAACUUACCGGCUGUAAGAUCUUUUGCUUUGUUUGCAUCAUUUUCAUUAGGUUUACUUUUUAUUUUUCAAGUUACGACUGUUGUAGCGAUAUUAGCUAUAGAUUAUAAAAGAUUGAAGGAAAAUAGACUUGAUCUUUUCUGUUGUGUGCAGAAAAAAGUGGUAGAGGACGAAGAGACAUUUCAAGAGAAGAAACCUUUUGUGAGCAGAACUAAGAAGUUAAUGACACCAUAUGCCAAGUUUCUUCUUAAUUGGCGUGUUAAAAUUAUUGUGGCUAUAAUAUUUAUGUCAUUUUUAUCAAUUUGCAUCAUUCUGAUUCCCCAAAUAGUGAUAGGCUUAGACCAAGAAAUGGCGUUGCCAAAGGACUCAUACGUAUACAAAUAUUUGGUAGCAGUUAGUGAAAAGUUAGUACUCGGUGUCCCUGUAUAUUUUGUCCUCAAAAGCGGCUUAAAUUUUACUGACACGGAUCACCAAAAUGUAAUUUGUGGUAGUCAAAUGUGUCGCGACGAUUCCUUGACUACUCAAAUAUUCUUAGCGACACAAUACAGCGACAUUACAUACAUGAGUAGAAGUUCUAAUUCUUGGUUGGACGAUUUCUACGAUUGGGCUACUCUACGAAAUGCUUGCUGUAAAUACAACGUCACAGAUGGUAGCUUCUGUUCCAGCACCAGUACUGCUCCUGAAUGCUCAUAUUGCUCUAUCGACAGAGGAGAAUUCGCCAAUGGCUUGAGACCUGAUAGUGAGGCGUUCUAUAAAUACAUACCAUUCUUUUUACAAGAUGACCCAUCGGAUGCCUGUCCGAAAGGAGGGCUAGCCAGUUACUACAGCAAUGUUAAUUAUAUACUCGACGCGGACGGUCGGGCUCAUGUCCACGAUUCUAAUUUUAUGGCCUAUCAUACAACGCUAAAAACCUCCCAGGAUUUUAUAGCUGCAACUCGUAAUGGCUACGAAAUCAGUGACUCUAUCACAGCCGUUAUCAGGGAACAAACGGGGACUGAUGUUGAAGUGUUUCCCUAUUCCGUUUUCUACGUCUUCUUCGAGCAGUACUUGACGAUGUGGGCGGACACUAUCAAAUUUCUCUCCUACUGUCUGAUAGGGACCUUAGUCAUUAAUUUAAUAGCUACAGGCUUCAACAUAGUGAUUACUUUGGCUUUGAUGAUCACUGUGAUUAUGGUAAUGAUAGACAUGAUGGGUAUAAUGUACAUGUGGAAUAUUCCCCUGAACCCCGUGUCUUGUAUCAACCUGAUCGUCUCCAUCGGUAUAGCUGUAGAGUUCUGUAGUCACAUGGCCUACGCCUAUGCUACAAGCAAGGCACCCCCCAAGGAGAAAAUCCCCGAUGCUUUGAGACGAGUUGGAGGUACAAUUAUUACUGGAAUUACGUUCACCAACAUUCCAAUAAUUGUUCUAGCUUUUUCGUAUACUGAAAUCAUAGAAGUGUUCUUCUUUAGAAUGUUCUUUAGUAUAGUAAUAUUAGGUGUCCUCCAUGGAAUGGUUUUCUUCCCUGUAUUAUUAAGUUACAUUAACGAUUUAAAAUAUAAGGUGUAA